AUGGUUGUUGCCGUUCGAGGUGUGUUGGCACAGGAAAAUCUUCCAGGAGACCAGUUUGCCCGUGGCUUCUCGUACAUCGCUGCCUCCUAUGUCAAAUACCUGGAGGGAGCUGGGGCUAGGGUCGUACCCAUAAGAAUAAAUCGCACGGAACAAGAAUACACUAACAUAUUCUACUCAAUAAAUGGGUUGUUGCUGCCGGGAGGCGAUGUAGAUCUUCAAACAUCGCAGUUCAGCCGAGCAGCCAAACUCUUCUACGACUUGGCACUGAAGGCCAAUGAUGCUGGGGACUACUUCCCCAUCUGGGGAACAUGUCAGGGCUUCCAGCAGCUGUCCGUCCUCACAGCCAACAAAAACCUGCUAACCCUCACUGAUACCAAGGCUGUGGCUCUACCUCUCACUCUCACACCAGCGGCCCAGUCCAGCCGUCUCUUCCGAAGUUUCCCCAAGGAUCUUCUGCAGUCUCUGGCCGAGGAAAACGUCACUUCCAACUUCCACAGAUGGAGUCUGUCUAUGCAGAACUACAGCCGGAAUGCCAAGCUCAAGAGGUUUUACAAGGUCCUGUCCACUAACAAUGAUGGGAAGAAAGAAUUCAUCUCCACAAUGGAAGCCUACCGCUACCCAUUGUAUGCAGUGCAGUGGCAUCCAGAGAAGAGCCCCUUUGAGUGGAUAGAUAAGCCAGGCAUGAUUCACUCCACCACUGCUGUAAGAGCCUGCUUCUACACUGCCAGCUUCUUUGUCUCUGAAGCCAUGAAGAACCAGCACCAUUUCUCCAGUGCUGUGGAGGAAGAGCGAGCUCUCAUCUAUAACUUCUCUCCCGUCUACAGAGGCAUGCAUGCCAUCUUCGUGCAGAACUAUUACUUUGAUUGAUGGACAGUAUACCGAAGACCAAACGGACCUGGGCUCAGUCUAGUCAGAAUUUGUCAUAAGUAUCGUCAUCUUGGCCCACGUUUAAAACCAAACUUUAUGCUGUCGUCACUUACAGUAGCCUCAAACAUCAAGUCAAUAAUUAGCCGUUUAGCUUAACUUAUUUGCCACAGUGAUUUGGAAUGCAGUGCGAACAGGACAGUGAGGAAACGCAGUGAUAAUUAAUACAAGAACAAUUAAACGUCCUUUUUAGUAAUCACUGGUUGUGUUGAGUCGAAUGGCAGAUAAAGAAAAUAAUACAAAUUUAAUUUAUUUCUUUUAAUCAGUGUUUCUCAAAUGUUUUCAGAACAAGGACCAAAUAUCCCCUAUGCGCAAAAGUUGCUGGACUACACCAUUUAGUUAACAUAGCCAUUCAAUUAGCUUUGUAUGAACUCAUUUGGACAUGGCUUGAAUGUAACAGAUGUUUAUUCAUGCAAAAUAGUUGCUCACUAUAGCUUUAAGUCAUCGAUCUUCAGUUGUCAGGAACCGUUAAACAUUGUUCCUCCGUAUUUCCUUCAGAUGUCUUGCUGAUCGUUCGUGGAGCAAAAUUUGCUGAAAUCCGACAACACAGAAAAAAACAAUUUAAAUAAUAAUGUUAAAGUUUGCACAUGAGUUGAUUUACUGUAAUAUUGAAAAUAACACAUUAGGCUUAGACACAUCCUUAUUAGGCUUUGGAGUUGCUGGCAGAUUUGAGAAACACUGUUUUUAAUUUUUAUUUUUUAUUUUUUUUAUCUGACAAAUAAUGGUUUCAUACCAUCUUCAAUCCAAAUCACCUUAUAGUGUCAUGAUUUGUUUUUUAACAUGGCUGUCGGCCCGACCCAUUAAGGGACAGUAGUAACAUUAAAGGGGCUAUAUUCUAAGCAGAGCUUCUUGGAAUUAGUGCAUUUUCACAUUUGAUCCGUUUCAGCCCUUCAAAAGAACUCAGACUUAUUAGGCAGCAUUUUUUGCGCAUAUGUGAACAAUCCAAAGGAGUGCAGUUCUCAUCAUCUGUGCAUUGUGAACACAACACACUUCAGGUUUGCUUUGCCCUUUUGCUUUUUUGCCAAUGUAUUUUAGCCCUGAGGCCCCAUCAGAGCUGAAGUGGACCAGAAAGAGAACUGAGCCCUUUUUCAAGUAAAUUGACAAUGUGAACCCAAAAAGAACUGAGUCCCUUUUCUGUUGGUUCACUUUUUGGUUCACUUUAAGAGGACUGGGGGCUAGAUUUAUCAAGCCGUUAGCGUUUCCAGGCGCUAAUUGGUCGCAAAGACGGACGUAACCGAUGCGGGCUAUUUACAAACAGGGCGCACUUGGGUAAAAUCGCAGCUUGUCUGCCAC